AUGGACAUCAUAGGCGUAGACGAGAUAACCCCAACAUCAUUUCCUAUUCGCACCGGCCCAGACGAUUUUGAGCGGGAGUUCGUCGAGUUCAUGCACUCAAAUUUUCCCCAUCUGAAAUGGAAGUUCGUUCGUACUGAACAACUGCUCGUCUACAGGCCUAUUGAUGAGGACGAGGAAAAAAUGGAGUUAUUUGCUUGGACAUCUGGUCACGAGGAUCUGUGCUUCAAGAAAGCCUAUAACUCAAUGAACAGUUUGAUCCAGCCACUCGAUGAACCUCUAAAGGUGACCUAUCAUGACAUUGAACUGAGAUUUUUUGCUCGUCAGGAGGGGUGGAAUGUGCGCUGGAUAGUCACAGCAGAGCCAGGCAAUGUACCUCACAGAUUCCAAUUCAUCUUGACAGAUCCCAAUGGAGUGGAAAUCGAAUGCCUGGAAAGUACAUCGCAGAGGGAAGCUCGUAAAGAUGCGCAAAUAGUACUGGAGAACGCGUUUGGAAAAGAGUUGGAGUUCUCCGUCGAUAUGGGCUGGAAAAGACGGCAAGAAUUAGGUAGAAUUAUGGAAUUACCCCCAAUAUUAAAUUGUAGGUGUGCUAGAUAUGGGGAUGAUCGAGGUGGUCCCAGUCCUAAAGGCCCUGCUGAGCCUCCCGAACUUUUGGAUUCACCCUAA